UGUAUCUUUGCGUCAUGUGACUGGCAGUGAUUCACGUGAUGGAAGAUGGACGCUCUAACAGCGGAAGGUUUCAUUGCGCUGCAGUUGUUAUUGAAGGCUCCUUCCAAAGAAGUCGUGAGACAGCUUUGCCAAGAAAGCUUUGCAUCUGGUUCGGGUGAGUCCUCAAAGCUGAUUGAGAGCACCUGUAGGAGCUUAUCGGUCACAAGAGAAGAAGCCCAGCAGCUGCUGGGUGCUUUGCACUGCCUUUCUCGACACGUGCUGUUCCAUGGAAUGGCCUCUCCUGAAGAGAUUUUCACCGUAUUUCCAGCCAGCUUCCACCCGAAUCUUAAGAACCUUCUCACAAAAAUCCUUUUGGAGCAGAGCCCUGCAUGGAGAAAUGAUGUGCUGGCAAAACAAAUUUCCCUUCCGCAGCUUGUAGAUAUGGACUGGAGGGUCGACAUCAAGACAUCUUCGGAUUCCGUAAGCCGGAUGGCCAUGCCCACGUGCUUAGUGCAGAUAAAAGUCCAGGAUGACCCUGGGCUAUGCCAGUCUAAGCCUGUGGAGUCAACAGUAAUGGUAGAACUUAGCAAAGAAACCCUGGAAACCAUGCUGGAUGGACUGGGAAAAAUUCGAGACCAGCUUUCAACUGUGGCCAAUAAAUGAGCUGUGACUUCUUGCAGAUCCCAGCAUGGAUGUGGUGUGUUCUGCAUUAGCAAACUUUCCAGAUGUUAUAAAUGUUUGUGUGUUUUCAUCCUUCCAUUUCAGCUCAUUUUAUUGAUUGGUUUUACCUAAACUGUUUUGGUAUUGAACAUCUUAUUAUGUGUAAAGGUUAAAAAGGAUGCUUCUCUUCAAUAGAGUGUACACCAAGUA